CAUGGGUAAUAUGUUUAAACGUCAAAGUGAAGUUCACAUUGAUAAUGAAAUAAAAGCAAGACCGAAGUUAGGAGGGAAAAAACCUCCCAAAAAUCAAUCCGUCAGUGGAUCUCAAUUAUCUCAGGAGAGUCAUGCUGACACCGAAGACUCAAGCAAAUUAUCUUACAGAGAGUUGGAGAUUAAAAGGAAAACUUUAGAGAGUGAACUGAACGAAAUGAAAAUUUUAUUAACAAAAUUAGAGGACGAAAAUCGAAGAAUGAAGAAUGAAAAUAGGGCAAUGCAGAGAACAAGGGAUAAAUUAGCUCAGGAGAAGGAGCAAGCGCUAGAGGCAGCAGAAAACGCUUUAAGUAGGUCGAAUUUCUUUGAACAAGAUCGAGAUAAAAUUCAAAGACAAUUUAAAAUAUUUAGAGAAACAAAGGAAUCUGAAAUUCAAAAUUUACUGCAAGCUCGCAGAGAUUUAGAACAAAAACUGUCAAGAUUUGCAACAAUUGAUGAGAAUGACGGAUCUCAUUUUGAUUUAACGAAUGGAAACUGGUGGAGUCAUAUUGGAAGUGAACCUAGUCUAGGAAGUAUGGUUCAUUUAAAUAACGAAAAAAAUGACUUUAAUCAAAAUCAAAUUGUCUCUGAUACUGGAACUCCUUAUUUAACAAUAAACAAAGAUGACUGGCAUACAGCAAUGGCAAAUUUAUCUCAAAUAAUGCCCUCAUUCGAACAGCAUAGCGAAAGUUCAGUUUUUAAAAUUUUUGUAUCUGCAGCUCAAGAUGCUUUACCUACUUAUGAACUUUUCAAACAAAAGCAUUUUGAAAGUCUUCAAUCGCUUUGCUUACAAGCUGGAAAGGGAUUAUUAUUUGUUCUAUUAGCCGACGAUUUCGAUAAACCGAUUGCUCAUUUACAAAAUAUUGCCAGACAAACUCAGAGAGAAGAUUGCAAUAUUUUUCUAGCAUUUUGGAAUAAUCAAUCAACUAAUAACUUAAAAAGUGAUUUUGAUAGAUAUAUACUUUUCAAGGAAGAUGCCAAACCUGUUGUUAUUUGCCUCAAUUCAUCCUGUUCAAACGAAACCAUUAUCGAUAUGAAGUUAAAAGUAUCCAAGGUUCCCUUACUGAAAUUAUUUGAGUAUAGUCAGUUUGAUGAUAUUUCUGAUUCUGUUGCUAAAGAACUUGAAAGUUGUAUGAAAAGGAUUAUGGAUAUGGAACCACCUUCGAGUGAUGAAAUUAAACCCCUUUGUCAAGUAGAGGCUUUCGAUCCUAUGACAGAUUUUGAACAACACGAUUUAUUCAAACAUUUUAGCAAUAGUUCUUGCGAAAUUCGAUUUGAAUUGUUGUAUGAAAAGAUAAAUUCUCAUGUUUCACCUGCGGGUCCUUUAUCACCACUUAUUGUUCAUGGCUAUCCUGGUUCUGGGAAAUCUUUGUUGUUGGCUAAAUGGAUUGAGCUUCAACAACAAAAGAGGGAAAAAGUUAAUAUAUUAUACCAUUUUGUUGAUGACUAUUCUUCUCCUAGUGCACUUUGUUGUCUGAUUAUGAGACGCUUCUCUCAAAAGCUUUUAUCAUACGUUCCAAAUCCUCCAUCCAUGUCCUACUGUCCUGAGAAAUUGAUAUCAGACUUUGUAAAGUGGCUUGAAAAGGUUUCGUCUAGAAUUAGUAAUGGAAUUAUAUUAAUUAUUGAUAAUGCUCACAUGAUUUUGAAUGUUGAGACUAUGCUUAAUUGGCUACACGACCCUUUACCAGUUAAUGUUCGAGUACUACUAUCCGUUGCCAGUGAUAAGAUGCCACCUUCCUGGAAGUCAUGGCCAUCUUGUCAAUUGGAAUCGCAUUCAAAAUCUCAUAUUAGAAGUCUUUUUCUAAACGAAUGGACUUGCAACGAAAGUUUACACAGCACUUUUGAAUUUACUGAAGAUCAGUUGAAUUUCAUUGUAGAACAAUGUUCGCUAACUGAUUCUAAAUCUGUAUCAAGAUUUAUAAUCUUAUUAGUUAGAUCUAUUGGAAGCUUAUCGAAGAAGGAUACUUUUGGCGAAAAUAUAAGAAUGUUUGCGAAAUGUGUCAAUUGUGAACAAUUGUAUGAGACCAUUUUAAGGCAUAGUAGCAAAAUUUUAGGUGGAGAUAUAUGGAAAAUAACAUCUAAAAUAUUAAAACUCAUCUUUGUUUCUCAUUGUGGUUUAACGGAAGCGGAAAUAUUUCAAUUAGUACCUUCCUUAAAUUGGAAUACUUGGGGGGCUAUUUGGAUACUCCUCGAACACUUGAAAGUUUUAAAAAAUGCUGCUGGUCUUAUAACGUUAGAAAAUAUCACUAUAAAGAAAGUUAUCAAUAGGCUCAAAACUGAUGACAAAAUAGACACGUUUCAAAUAAGUUUAGAAAAAGUUGAUAAAUUCAGUAAUACCAACUAUUUUCAAAUUCUUAUUGAUUAUUUCAAACAAUUUAUGAAACCUGGUAAAAUAACUCAUAGAACUGCCGAUGAAUUACCUUGGUUAUAUUUUCAAAUAUCAGAUAAAAAUGCAUUACAUUCUUGUGUUGCUAAUUUAUGCAUCUUCAAUCAAUUCUUUUCAAGGGGAAGAUGCGAUGAGAUUGUUCUAUAUUGGCAAAAUUGUGGAAGUGACAGAGAAACAAUGGCUACUGAAUAUAUGACGAGUUUGAAGGGAUUUGAAGAUCUUGCGGAUGAUGGACCCGACUCCUUUAUUACCCUGCCAAAAGUCGCAGAAAUGUAUGAAGCUUUAGGCCUUUUACUAAGGGAACUUGGAAUGUUUGAACAGGCUUUGAGACCUCUAGAAAAAAGCUUAGAACUUAGGGAGGCAGCUCUAGAUCCAGAUCAUAUAUCAAUUGGACGAUCUCUACAGCAAUUAGGUAUCCUCAAUACCAUAUGGGGAAAAUAUGGAGUUGCUGAACAACUACAUAAAAAUGCUUUAGAGAUAUUCGAAGCAUCCCCUGAUUGCGAUAGUAAACUUCUUGGAAAACAGUUAGAUCUAAUGGCUCAAUUAUUUAUGAGACAGAACAAACAAGAUUCAGCAGAACCUUAUCGUAGACGGGCAAUGAGCGUUAUUAAGUCAUCUCAAGGGCAAGGACACGUACUUCGAAAAAAAGCAGCUGUCCUUGAAGAUAUGACUAUAGGACCGGAUUCUCCAGAACAAGCAAGAACUUUAAAUGAUUUAGGUGUUCUACAGUUUCUACAGGGAAAUACAAAAUCUGCCGAACCUUUACUCCUUAAGUCAAUGGAAAUGAGAAAGGCGGUAUUCGGUCAUAAUCAUCUUGACGUUGCUCAAUCUUAUCACAAUUUGGCAGCUUUAUAUACUGAAAUGCAAAAGUUUGAAGAAGCUAUGAAAUUCUAUGAAACCGCCUUACAAAUAAGACGAGAUCUCCUCGAUAAAAAGCAUCCUCAAAUUAUAUCAUCAUUAAUGAAUUUAGCUUCGCUUCGCAAAAAAGUGGGAGAGAUAGAAGAGGCUAUACGACUGUUUCAACAAGCAGCCGACUUAAGGGAAGAAAACUUAGGAUGUUUACAUCCUCUAGUUGCGGCUGAUUUAGCUAAUUUAGCUGUCUUGCUAUCCCAACUUAAAAGGCAUAACGAUGCUAUCCCCUUAUAUGAAAGAGCUUUAAGAAUAUAUGAAGAAACUCUAGGUCCUCAAAAUGGAAAAAUUGGAGAUCUUUUAAAAAAUAUGGCUCUCUCUAGAUAUGAACAAGGACAUUUUCAAAUUGCUGCCAAACUGUACAGAAGAGCUACAGACUUAACAUCGACUCUAAGAAAAUCGGUGACAAGCGAUGGCUUGAUAAAUGACUUGUAG